AUGGAACACCCCAAGCUUGCCAUUCUGUCUUUGAUGUCCAAGUUCUAUUCGAUAUCUUGGCUUGAAUGGAUGCAGGAAGUGGUACAUAUGUUGGAGUAUUUAUAUGAAUGGGGAGAAGAGACCAUCAACCUAGAGCUUGUUAAUUUGCUUUGUUGCUUGGAAAAUGCUGUUGAAUGGUCGAGUCGAGGGUGCUCCACCAACUUAAUAAUAAAUGUUGAAUAA